UUUUGGUGCAAUGUCAUAUUUGUGAUUUCGAAUGCAGUCCUGGUUCAAUGAAAAAUACAAUAUGCUCUCCUCAUUAUAGAUGAAGCCAUUGAAGUAAAUUGUCCAAAUCUAUAAAGAAAGACAUGGAAGUGCUGGACAAACCUGUUUUUGUUCCACCUAGGAAGAGAGGUUCUAAAUCAUCAAGAUCUAGCAAUGAAAGUCUUCCAAUCAUCGGAACUGGGACUAAUACAUCUCCUCAAAGUUGUGGUAAAAUUGAUCAUCUUGCCAAUCGAAAACUGCAUCAUCAGCCCAUUUCUUCUGAACAUGUAAAAGAGUGUUUAAGUGUCAAACAACAAUCUAAUUCUAACACCCAUAAAUCAAAUUCUUGUGGUAGAUCAAGUACAUAUCAGAAUCAAUCUUCAAAACACACUAAUGGCCGUAGUGAUGAGUCUGAUUUAAAUAGUGAUAUAUCCGAUUAUGUUCAUAUUAUUGAAGGUGGGUAUGCAGAAAUAGAGUUAGCGAACGAGAGAUCUGCAUUAAAUUCUCGCUCCGUUUCUUCAAUCGGUUCAUGUGGGGGAAAUUUUGUUACUAUGACAGGAACUGUUAAAAGAGGCCGUAAAAAAGGUCAAACAAUGGAUAUGAAAGUCCAGAUGUCGCGUGAAGAACUUGAUGAACUUGAACAAAGUAUAAGAUCUCAGCAAAUUGAGGAUGAUGACAGGUGUUUUUUUGGAAUACGCAAAGGACCUCAUAUUCUUACUUUUAGUUUAACUCUAGUCCCCUUUGUUUUUAUCUUGUCUGCCGCAUACUCAUUUUACAUGGGAACUAUGACUUGGUAUAACAUUUUAGUAUAUUUCAGUGAAAAGAAAACAAUAUUUCAUAAAAUAUUUGUGAGUCCAUUACUUAUUAUUUCUUAUCCAUUUUUAAUUACAUUAUCUACCAUAGGAUUAGGUAUAUAUGCUUCUAUUGUACAGAUAUCUUGGCAUGUAGAUAACUGGAGAAGGGAAAUACAAGAUUGGGAAAAAGGCUUUUAUGGUUGGCUCUGUGGUAUACUCGAUCUGGAAGAUUGUUCACCAUAUGAAGUUGUUAUUCUGACUGAGGUUUUACCUCCAGUUGAAGAAGUCAAGCAACAAAAGCUCCAAGUCGCAGAUACUGCUUUAUAGUUCCAAGUCCUACUUCCUUUGAACUAUCAUUUAUUUAUUUUUUAAUUAUAGUUUUUUGAAAAGGACAUAUUAACACUCAGUUUUUUUGUCUAGCUUUAUAAAUAAGUUGAGUGUAAACUAAAUUUCUACUUAAUGAAUCAAAUAUUUAAAAGUUCUUCUAUAGCUGUACCAAAUCAUUGCUAUAAAUGAAGUUUUUGUAAUUCAUGAUGAUGCAAAGUGGAUUCUG